UCCACCUCUCCAUCACCAUGCUUAGCUUCUCCCACCUCUCCAUCUCCUUCCUCCUCUUCCUCUUCCUCUUCCUCUCGAGCCCCAUCCAUGUCCUCUCCCACACAAAGCACCUCCGACCGGGUCCCGACCCGAACCCGAACCCGAAUCCGGACCCGUUUCCGGCCAACGCGACCCGAGCCCAGCUGAUCGAGGAGCGGUUCACGAGAUGGGUCCGGUUCAUCGGCGGGCUCCGGCACAGCGCGUUCCAAGGGGGCCUCAACAAGCCCUUCCCUUCGCGCACCGUAACCGUGGAUAAGAACCCCAAAUUUGGGGAUUUCACCUCCAUCCAAUCCGCCGUCGACUCACUCCCGCUCAUCAACCUGGCUCGAGUCGUCGUCCGGGUCAACGCUGGCGUCUACACGGAGAAGGUGAGUAUAUCGGCGAUGAGAGCCUUUAUAACGAUAGAAGGGGCGGGAGCAGAUAAGACGGUGGUGCAGUGGGGCGACACGGCGGAGACGCUCGGACAAAAGGGCCAACCUAUCGGCACGUUUAAUUCCGCGACCUUUGCUGUCAAUUCCCCUUUUUUCAUUGCCAAAAAUAUCACUUUUAAGAAUACAAGUCCAGUACCGGCACCAGGGGCAGCAGGAAAACAAGCGGUGGCGCUGCGAAUAUCAGGCGACACGGCUGCGUUCGUCGGGUGCAGAUUUUUGGGCGCGCAGGACACACUUUAUGAUCAUGUGGGGAGGCAUUUCUACAAAGAUUGUUACAUCGAAGGCUCCGUCGACUUCAUCUUCGGAAACGCUCUCUCCCUCUACGAGGGGUGUCAUGUGCACGCGAUAGCGCGGGACUACGGGGCCCUGACGGCGCAGAACAGGAUGAGCCUGCUGGAGGACACGGGGUUCAGCUUCGUCAACUGCAGGGUCACCGGCUCCGGCGCCCUCUAUCUGGGCCGCGCCUGGGGCACCUUCUCCCGCGUCAUCUUUGCUUACACCUACAUGGACAACAUCAUCGUCCCCCGCGGAUGGCACAACUGGGGCGACCCCUACCGUGAAAUUUGGACGCAGACGCAGAAGCAGAAGCAGAAGCGGAAGCAGAAAUAGAGCCAAUAAAAAAUGGCAACACAAAUGCUAAUUUUUCUCUAUAAUUUCUAGUGGAUGCUUAUUGGGCCCAAAUUUCUUAGGCCCGGUACGCGAUAUGCGGCUCCAACAGACCUAUUCUCGGCCCAAAAGAACAAAAACACCCAAACUAUUUAUUGGGCUCGAAGAAUUAGAGAUUAAAGGCCCACAUUAUUGAUUGUUUUAAUAAUUUGGUCACAACCACAAUCUCUAUUUAUUCUGAGUUUGAUUCUACUAAAAGGGUACAUCAUAGCAUUGCUGGUGUUGUUGCAGGACUGUGUUCUAUGGGCAGUACAAAUGCACCGGCCCCGGCGCAAACUACGCGCGGAGAGUUUCGUGGUCGAGGGAGCUCACCGACGAGGAGGCCAAGCCGUUUAUUUCCUUGAGCUUCAUCGACGGGUCCGAGUGGAU